AUGCCAACAUCACUAGUCACAGGAGGCUCGGGCUUUAUCGGCCUUUACGUGGUAAGGGGUCUUCUUGAAAAGGGUGAUCUCGUCAACACCACUGUCCGCAGUCUGAAAAAUCUCUCCAAGUGCAAGCCACUGCUUGAGAUGCAACAAAAGUUUCCAGGCAGGCUCACACUAUUUGAGGCCGAUCUGAUGAAGAACGACUCUUUUCUGCAGGCGAUGAAGGGCUGCGAUGUUGUCUACCACGUUGCCUCGCCGUUCUUAGUCCCGCAACAAAUCAAGAACGGCUUAAAAGAUUGCGUCGAGCCCGCUCUUCAAGUUGCGGCCAUGUAUGGUGAUAGUUCGGAUAUCCUCAAAAUGAAGGACAGUACUCUCUUCUCUAAGCUAAUCGCUGAGCGUGAGGCCUGGAAGAUAUGUGACGCUCAGGACCGCUGGGACCUUGUGGUCAUCAACCCGGGCCUAGUCCUUGGUCCGUUACUCACUCCUGAGUCAGCCUCCGGUAGCCUGUUCCUGCUGGAUGCCAUGUACAAGGGCGAUAAUCGCUCGGGCGUUCCGGAGCUACACUACCCUGUGGCAGAUGUGCGGGAUGUGGCAGAGGCGCACAUCAGAGCAGGAAAGAGUCCGUCUGCGAAGGGGAGGUACAUCAUCGCCGGUGACCGCAGUAUUUGCUUGCUAGAUAUGGCGAACUAUGUGAGGGCAAUUCAUCAUAAGCCCGAAUCAUUGCCCACCCGCAAUCUUCCCAAAUUUCUCGUCUUCGUUGCGGGCCCCUUCAUUGGCUUGCCCAUGAAAUGGGUGUCUAGAAACAUCGGCAUUUCCUAUAAGGUCAACAACAGCAAGAGUAUCGUCGAGUUGGGGCUCUCAUACCGUCCAGCAGAGCAAGUGCUUAACGAUCACUAUUUGUCGUGGCAAAAGGAAAACGCUGACAUGUAG